AUGUAUUACUUAAAGCCAGGACCAGAUUUGGAAGGCUGCUCCACAAAGGAGCCAAAUGACUCUGUUGUUGAAAAUAAUGAACCAGAAUAUGCAGUUGAAAGUGAAGAGGAUACAUCUUGCACUGAUGAAGAAGGUAAUAGCACUGAUGUAGAAGAAGAAAGCGACAGCAGUACAUUUGGUAGCUCAGAGAGUCUGGAAGAUAGUGUUAGUGAAGAAGAUGAUGAUGAUACUACAUGUGAGGCAAUUGAUGAAAAUACUAAAUAUAGUAGUAUGAAAAGUAAAAGUGAAGAGAAGUCGAGUACGGAAAGAGAAAGAGAGAACUGUAAUACUGAAAGUAAUGAGAACACCAAUUUAGGAUGCAUGGAAUUUGAAGAGGAAAAAGAAAAAGCUGCAGGUGCAGAUGCAAGUACUGAAUCUGAACAUGAAGAAGAAAGCUAUGACUCCUUUGAUGAAGAUGAAAAAACUGACCCUGAAAAUGAAGAAGGCUCAAGCUCAGGAUACGAUGAAGGGAGUAGUGGCUCGGAAAAUGAAACAGAUCAUCUUACAGAUGGAACUGAUUUUACCUCCUCUAAGCAGGAUUUAGAGGCUGAAAAUUUCAUAGAUGAAAUAGGAUCAGAGACAUCUAAAAGUAAAGAAGAGGUUAAUGUCAUUUCAGUAAUUGAUGCAAUCAAAAAUGGUAAAGAAGAAAAAGCGGUUGAUGACGGUAAAAGUAUAAAGGAUAAUAAUUGCUAUCAAGAUUCAAAUGAAGGAGAGAUAAAAGCUAAAGAGGAUAAAAGUUCUGAAGAAUGCGGUGAAUCUGAAAGUGCUGAAAAUACACUAGAAUUCAAAAGAAAUAAAACUAAAACAGAUGUUUCUGAUACUCUUACUAAAAUUGUUGAAAAUAUUGGAAAUCAGAAUGAAGCUGACAUUAUGAAAAUUGAGAAAAAAAGCAUACGGAAUGAUGAAGAGAAGGAUAAAAGCACAAGAUGUGAAAAUAAAACCAGAAAUUUCGAAAAUGGAAAAACAGGUGAAAACUUGGAAGAUGAGAAAGAAACUGAUACCAAUAAAAGUCUUCAAGACGUUGAAAUGGCUGAAGUUAUGAUGAAGACUGAUAGCAUUGGAAAUACAAUACAAAUUAAGAGCCCUGAACAAAAUCAAAAGGAACAUGACAGCGCAAUGGAUACUAAGGAUAUCAAAAAUCUUGAUGAUGAAAACAUUAAAAAUGGAACUAAAGCUGUCAAGAUGCAAACUAAAGUAGAACUUAAAAGAAAUUAUGUAAAAGGUACUGAAAUCACAACAAGUGAAGAACAAACUGAAAACUUUGAAAAUAAGAAAACAAUUAAAAAUAGGAAUGACGUGAUUCAAACUGAUAUCGCUAAGGAUCUGAAACAAAUUGAAACAACUGAAGUUGAAAUGGAGACUAGUGAAAACACAAUUGAAAGUGAUAACACCAAAAACAACAAAGAAAAUCUUGUCAACCCUAUGGAUGGUAAGAAAAGUGAUAAUGUUGAAAUGGUUAAAAACAGUAGAAAUAAGAGUAAGGCUGAUAUUUUCAAACAACAGAUUGACACUGAAAGAAAAAACAGAGAAAAAUCGGAAAGCACAAAAAUUAAACCACAAACUGGAACCUUGGAAAAUAAAAAAGCAGAUGAGGGUGUGGAAGGUAAGAAACAAACUGAUACCACUGACAAUUUGCAGCACAUUGAGACUGAUGAAGUUAAGAUGAAGGCUGAUAGUAUUAAAAAUACUAAAGAAGGUACUAGCGCUGAACGUAAUGAAAAAGAAGUUGACAUUGCAGUGCAUGAUAAAAAAGAUAAAAAUCUUGGUAAUGAAAAUAUUAAAAACGGAACUGAAAAUGAAGAAAAGAGUGAUAGCACUGAAAAAGACUUGCAAGUUGAUGCCAGAAAAGAUGUAGACAUUGAAAAACAUAAUGGAGAGAAAGCUGAAAGCACAAAAAGCGAAGAACAAACUGGGAACUUUGAAAAUGAAGAAACAGAUGAAAAUGUAGACUUAAAAGAAAUAGAUGACACUAAAUGCUUGAAACCUACUGAAAAAGUUGAAGCAGUGGAAAUCGAUAGCAGUGAAAACCUGAAAGAUAGUGUGGAAGAUAUGGAAAUUGACGAUAGUGAAAAUGAUGAGGAAAGUGAAGUGAAAAGUGACAACAGUGAAAAUGAAGGAAAAAGGGAUUGCAGUGAAAGUGAAGAAAAAAAUGACAAUCAAAGUGAAGAAAGUGAUAUCAAUGAAAGUGGUUGUGAUGAAAGUGAAGGAGAAAAUGAUAGCACUGAAAAUGAUAUAAAAGUUGAUGUCAGAAAAGAUGCUGAAAUCGAAAGAAAUGAUGGAGAAGAAGCAGAAAGCACAAAAAGUGAAGAAAGCGGCUGCCAUGAAAGUGAAGAAGAAAGUGAUACCGCUGAGAAUCACAUAAAAGUUGAUGUCAGAAAAGAUGUAGAAAUUGAAAGAAAUAAUGGAGAAGAAGCUGAAAGCAUGAAAAGUGAAAAACAAGCUGGGAACUUUGAAAAUAAAGAAAUAGUCAAAAGUAUAGAAGGCGAUCACACUAAAUCUCCGAGACCUGUUGCGAGAGUUGAAAUUGGGAGGAAGAUCGAUAGCAGUGAAAAUCAGGAAGAAAGUGAUGAUAGUGAGAAUGAUAUGGAAAGUGGUAAUAGUAGAAAUGAAGAGGAAAGUGGCGAUAGUGGAAAUGAAGAAAAUGGGAACGCUGUAAAGGAAAACAGUGACAGCAGUGAAAGUGAAGAAGAAACAGGUAAAGGAAGAAAUGACAUAAAAGUUGAUGGUAAUAAAGAAUCAUAUGACUCUGAUGAUGAUAGUGAUAGCUCUACGUUUAGAAUGGACACCGGUAGUACAGAAAGUGAAAAAUGUUCAGAUGAGGUAAAAACUGCUAGCUCUGAAAGCAGAACCUUUGGUGAUAACAGUCAAGGUAUGAGUGUUGAUGUAACUGAAAGUAAUAUUGAAACAAGUGACAGUGAAUGGGAAACAGAAUCAGAUAGCUCUCAAGAUGAAGUAAACUUUCAAUACUAUUCUACAAAGAGAGAGUCUGAUGCCUCUGAAAAGGAGGUCAAAAGAAAGAUUUCUAAAAGUAAGAUAGUUACUAAUAUGGUUGAAGAAGUGAGUGAAAAUAGUGACAGUGAAUUUUCAAACGUAAAAGAUGACACUGAAGAAGAAAGCAGCAGCGCUGACGAUAUGGAAGAAAGUGAUAGUUCUGACGAUGAUUAUUCUGAUUUCAGUGAAAAUCUGGAAGAAAGUGAUGAUAAUGAUGAAAAUGACAACAGCAAAAGUGAAGAAGAGAGUGAGAGUGAGGAAGAAAGUAAAAUUAGCGAAACAGAGAAAAAUUUAAAUAACUUUGAAAAUCCCAAAAAGCAUAUUGAAGUUGAAGAGCAGAUGGAGGGCAGUAAUGUUAAAGUCAUCAAACUGGGUGAGGAAACCGAACAAAAUGAUGUUAGUAGAAAUGUUCCUAGAACUGAUAAGCUUGAUCAAAAUUCUACUGUUGAUAGCAACAUUGAAACUGAAAAUGUGCUAAAUAUUAAGACAGGACAAAAUGAAGCGCAAGACAUUGAAAUUGAAAACGUACUAAUUGAUAAAACAGAACGAAAUAAAGUCGAAGACAUGGAAGCUGAUGAUGUACCAAACAGGAAAAAAGAACAAAAUGAAUUAAGUAAAAAUAUUGCCAGAACUCAUAAGCUUGACCUGAAUUCUGCUGUUGAUUCAAACAUUGAAACUGAGCAGAUGGAUAAAACAAAGUUAAUUUUAUACAUUCUUAGGAGAUACUAUCAUAUUGCUGUUGUGAAAAGAAGGCAUGUACUUGGUGCUGCUAGUUUUCGUGUAUUUCCUGGCCAAAACUUCUGUGAGUUAGCUUUUUACGGAACUCAUCCUGAUGAAUCUUGUAAAGGCAUUGCAUCCUUAAUCAUGGCACAUUUGAAGGAAUUUAAUCGAGUAUGUGCUAAAGUAACUCAUCUUGUUGCCUGUGUACCUGAGCCUUCUGUUGGAUAUUUUUUGAAACAGGGGUUCAGCAGAGAAGUAACCCUACCACUGUCAAUAUGUGAAAAUUAUCUGGAAAGGCCCAACCAAACAACUGUUCUGGAGUUCUUAAUUAAUGAAGAUAUAAAUUAUUACAAAUUGUUUUUGCAGUGGCCAUUACAACAUGAGAUUUUGAAAAGAAUGAUCGAGUUAUACAAAAAAGGAAUUGAUUCUUCGGAUAUGACUUCAAACUCUGAUCUUCACAAUGUUUCGUCAAAUGGCAGCAAGUCGAAACCUGAAAGUAAUGAAUUGGAACCAAGACUGGAAAGUGUUCAGAACAAUGGAGCAAAUAUUCGGGAUGAUCAAAAGCACACUGAUAUGGAUACUGACUCAAGUGAAAUAAAAUUUAAAAAAGGAAGCGUUGAAGGUAAUGGUUUGACGGAGAAAUCUAAAAGUCUGCCUCAGUCUCAUCCAGAUGGUAAAGAAAAAUUUCUAACAGAAUCAUUAAAAAAAGAAGAAAAAGCUGCAGAUUCAAUGCAGCAUGUAAAUGAUGCUGAUUUAAAGGAGGAGAUCAAUAAUGAUAAAGGCCAACAUGUUACUGCCGGAGUAUCAGCCUUUGAUACAGAGUUAAAAGAAAUUUUAGGAUCAAUUCUUGGACGUGUCGGUGCAGUGAAAACUCGUAAUAAAGCUAAAGAAAAAAUUGGCACAAAACUCUUGCCUGAAUCUCAUCCAGGUGACAAAGAAAAACGUCUCGAAAAUGCUAAAAAUAUACGUCUUGCAUCAGAAUUGCAAAGAAAAGAAAAUUCUGAUGUAAAAGUGAAGGGUAACACUGAUGGAGGUCAAAGCAUUACUGGUGGGGCAUCAGAUUUUGAUACAGAGCUAGGAGAAAUUUUGGGAUCAAUAAUAGGACGUGUUGGUGUAAUGAAACCUGGUACUAAAGCUGAGGAAAAAAUUGACAAUGAUCCACAACUUCAGCAAACAGUUUUAGAAAGGAAGGAAAUAAAACUCAUGACUGAGUCUUAUUUAGAUGAGAGAGAAAAAUGUCAUAAUGAAUCACUGGGGCCGAAAAAAACUGAAAGUUCGAAAUCAAUACUGGAGCAUGUGGAAAAGGUUGAUGCAAAAGAGAAGAGUAAAAUUGAUGAAGAUAAAAACAUUACUGGUGGUGCGUCAGAUUUCGAUACUGAGCUAGAAGUUUCAAAAUCAAUUGCAGGACGUGGUGGAGUAAUAAAACCUCGUACUGAAGCUGGAGAAAAAAGGAUUCCAGAACUUCAAGAAACAGUUUUAGAAAGGGAAAAAACGAAACUUAUCUCUGAGUCUGAUAAAGAGAAAUGUCAUAGAAAGGCAAAAGAUACAUCUUCAGAGUCACAAAUACGGGAAGAAAACGCUGAAGUUUCAAAAGCAAUAUUAGAGUUUGUGGAACAGUCUGAUGUCAAAGAAGAGUGCAGGAAUGACAAAAGUCAAAACAUUAUUAAUAUUGCACCUGAUUUGGAAAAAUGUGAUUUAGAAGAACUUUUAAAAUCAAUGAUAGAGCAGGUGAUCAAGAAAAACUUCGUAAAAACACCGGAGACGCCUGUCAGGCAUCAGAAACUCAAAGUCAAUUGA